CAAACAACAUUUAACCUCAGGAGAAGAAGAUUAGUUUCACUGCGCUCUCUGUUUUGUCGUCAUGCUGUUUCAAUAUAGAUUGUUGGAAAUGUUGUUUCUGUAAAUAGAAAAUACAGUUUUUGAGUCAGGUCAGUAAAUACCUGUAAUAUUCUCAUCCUCACAGUCGUGACUAAGUUUUGAAGCAAGCAGGAAUAUCUGGAGGAGUAUCAUCUGAACUGAGAUCUGCUGCUGUGAAGAUGGAGUUUGUUAAAGAGGAGAGUGAAGAGAACACAAGUGAACCAGAAACCUGGAGAAUAAAACACGAGGAGCCAGAAACACAGAUAAUAAAACAUGAAGAACCAGAAACCCGGAAAAUAAAUCACGAGGAACCAGAAACAUGGAGAAUAAAACACGAAGAACCAGAAACUCGGGGGAAAAAACACGAGAAGGCAGAAACAAAAAUAAAACACGAAGAACCAGAAACCCGGAAAAUAAAACACGAGGAACAAGGAGAGUAUAUUGAAGAAAAUGUGGAGAAAGAAUUGGAAGUUGAGGAGAGGAAUCAUAUUAAAACUGGAGAAAACCCGUCAACUUGCUCUCAAAGAAACAAAUUGUCAAGAAAAAAUGGUCUUGAUGUUCACAUGAAACGGCACACUUGUGAUCAGUGCGGGAAGAAUUACACACGAAAAGAUCGCCUUAGAGCACACAUGAGAGUUCACACUGGAGAGAAACCGUUUAAUUGUGAUCAGUGCGGGAAGAGUUUCACACGAAAAGAACUACUUACAGCACACAUGAGAGUUCAUACUGGAGAGAAACCGUUUAAUUGUGAUCAGUGCGGGAAGAGUUUUUCACUAAAAGGACUACUUACAGCACACAUGAGAGUUCAUACUGGAGAGAAACCGUUCACUUGUGAUCAGUGCGGGAAGAGUUUCACACAAUUAUCACAUCUUUAUGCACACACAAAUGUUCACACUAGAGAGAAACUGUACGCUUGUGAUCAAUGUGACAAAAUGUUUUUGAGGGCUUCACACCUGAAGCAGCACCUGAGAGUUCAUACAAAAGAGAAACCACAUUCAUGUCAUUUGUGUGGAAAGAGUUUUUCACGUCUACAACAUUUGAAAGGGCAUCAGAAAAUACAUACUGGUGUGAGAGAGUACAUGUGCUUUCAGUGUGAAAAGACUUUUACUACAGCGACCAAUUUAAAACUGCAUGAGAGUAUCCACACUGGAGAGAAACCUUAUAAGUGUUCACACUGUGACCAAGGCUUCACUUAUUCAUCAAAUCUGAUAACACAUGAGAGGAUCCACACUGGAGAGAAACCUUACAAGUGUUCAUACUGUGAACAGAGAUUCAGUCAGUCAGGAGCUCUGAAAACACAUGAGAGGAUCCACACUGGAGAGAAACCCUACAAGUGUGCACAUUGUGAAAAGAGAUUCAGGGAUUCAUCAAGUCUGAUAACACAUGAGAGGAUCCACACUGGAGAGAAACCCUACAAGUGUUCACAUUGUGACAAGAGAUUCAGGGAUUCAUCAAGUCUGAUAACACAUGAGAGGAUCCACACUGGAGAGAAACCCUACAAGUGUUCACAUUGUGACAAGAGAUUCAGGGAUUCAUCAAGUCUGAAAACACAUGAGAGGAUUCACACUGGAGAGAAACCGUAUCACUGCACUGAAUGUGGGAAGUGUUUCAGUAAUACAUCUUCUCUACACAAACAUACAAAAAACAAUCACAGCAAGUAGGUCAUCUUCAGAUUUGAUGCUGCCUCCCAGUACUGCCACUCCCUAUACGCAGAGUACGCAGAGAGAAACUCCCUUCUGAUAUUGCUCCACUAUUUUUCGCCGCAGCAUUGGAGGAAUUGGUGAUCCUCUGACCAUCUUGACUUCUGAAAGACACUGCCAUUCUGAGAGGCUCUUUUUAUACACAAUCAUGUUGCCAAUUGACCUAAGUUGCAAAUUGGUCAUCCAGCCGUUCCUUAUAUGUACAUUUAACUUCUCCUGCCUCUUAUUGCUACCUGUACCAACUUUUUUGGAAUGUGUAGCUCUCAUGAAAUCCAAAAUGAGCCAAUAGUUGGCAUGACAUUUCAAAAUCUCUCACUUUCAACAUUUGAUAUGUUAUCUAUAUUCUAUUGUGAAUCAAAUAUAAGCUUAUGAGAUUUGUAAAUUCUUCAUUCCUUUUUUACUCACAAUUUGUCAGGUUUGUAGAUGCAGGAUAUACUGUCAUGUUGAUUUGUAAUUGAUCUGUUUUGCUUCUCUUGUAAAAAAGGAUCUAAAUGGAUUAAAUGGGCCUUCUUUCAGUAAAGUAAAAAAAGGAAUACUGUUAAAGAACCAGCCUGAUGUGCAGUAUCAUAAGAAUAGUAAUACCGUUUAAACCUUAUUAACGCUAGAACCGCCAUGGGGUCAAUCUUACCCUUUGCUGUUUUUCAAAUCUACUGAAAGGAAUUAAAUUAUUUCCUUACAAAAUUAACUCCCCAAGCCAAAACUCAGGAGCUCACAGAAAACAGAUACCAUUCUGCCAUGCAAUAAAAAAAUAAAACUGAUCUGGAAAAGAGAUCUUCAAGGAGUGCAAACAACACCUAUUUACGACCUCCUUCCUCCCUCUCCCCUCCUUGCCUCUGACUCUCACUCUUCUCCUCCAAAAGCAAGAAUAUCCAUAUGCCAUGUUAUAUCUUGUGAAAAUGUUUUUUUCCACUUCAUGUUUAGUAUAAUUUUAAAGGUCUCUGUGCAAUUGGUAAAAUGGUCUCAAUUUCACAAUAGUCAUUUAUAUUAUGAGAAAGAUCAAGAACUUUUGUAGAAUUGUGUUCUGCUGAGAAGGAGGUGUGUCCCCCUUUAGGGGUCUUUGAGAAUGUUUAACUCCAACAAGGUUUUACCCUUAUGUUACCGCGGGAACCUAUUGAACCAAAAUGACCGUUAUGUUUUUACAACUGCUUUGAAGAUUUCUUUGUUGUCUGGUCUGAGUAUUUAAGGGGAGUGACAAAACAGUAUGGGGAGAUUCUGUAGUCAGAUCAGCCCAUAGUGCAGUGUAUAUCUUAUAUGCUCCAUACUAUGUAUCUUUCUGAAGUCAGGUAUAUUAUUAUUUACUCAAAAAUGAAAUUGUGUUGAACACAUUGUGCCCAUAGAGCACAUUGUAUAGUUGUUUGUGUUACUGCCUGUGCACAUUGUCUAGUUAAGUUUAUUCUCUAAAACACCUGAGUGCUUUGCUAUACAUUUUAGAUCAUGUGUCUUAAAUAAGAAUAACUAUUACAUGUGUGGCUAUGUUAAAUUUGUUUGUCUCCUGCGUGGAUCACAUGGUCGUUCCCCAUAUGACUAGUGUCUGUGCAGGAGCAAAGUUGCCACGUGGUUACAGUGUGAUUCACAGUUGCAUUAUCCUUUCUAAAUUGGCUUCUAAUUGUUUCAUUAUAUAAUUGACAUGAUACAAUUAUACCUGACUAAUAAUAAAAUUGUUAUAUUUGAUUUA